UUGGAUAGUUUCACAUUACAAUUUACUUAUGAUGUUCCAUGGGAAAAAUUAAAUGUAGUUUGUCAAAUUGCGGAUUUGAGGUAUAUUGCUGGAAAUAAUCUUUCAACAAAUAAUUCUCAAUUCAAUUGCAAGAGAAAAGGAUGCGAUGUUAAUUGCAAUAGAAUUGAAGAGCAUGAUCCACUUAGUACACCAAUUCCAACAAUUGAUGCAAAGUUGAAAGAUUCGGUUUAUGUUAAUGAAGGUAACAAGAAAAUGAAAUAUUCUCAAUCUGAUAUUAUGACACAAAUUUUCACAGCAACGUUAACUCAGAAAGAAGUUGUUGUUCUUACAGAAACUAUAGAAAAUGGCACAGUAACAGAUACAGAAAGUACUUCAUAUAUUUUAGUAAAUACUUAUGUGAACAUAGAUGUUGUUGCUCAAACAUUAGUUUUGAUUGAGCUCAUAGAUACAGAUGAUACAACAAAAAGCAAUAUGAGCCCUGGACAAUUACUUGUUUUGUUAUGCGGAGUUUGUGUUAUAGCGUUUAUAGUUGCUUUUCUUGGUCUAUUCCUCUAUAGAAGAUCUCGCGAUAAGUCUGAUUUUGAAGAAGGUAGUUCUGAAUAUGAAAUGGAAGAUGAUAUAGGACAUGUAAUUUAUUCUGAUGAAGAAAGAAUAAUAAGUGACGGAGAUAUCAACACAGGUGCGUUAUAG